AUGGACUUUGAGAGAAAAGCAGAAGACACAAAGACCGCAGUUGUUGACACCGAGGUCGGAAUCGAGACUCAGUCCACCGAAACCGGGUCGUCUAUUUACCUUGAUCCAGAGAAAGAGGCUUCCGCUCGAAGGAAAUUCGACAAAUAUCUCGUACCUGCCUCCCUUAUAUUUAUCAUUCUUUCCGCCUUGGACCGAAACAAUAUCGGAAAUGCAGUGGUCUUCGGAUUUUCUAGAGACUUGGGCCUCGUGGGCAACCAAUUCAAUAACAUUCAAACUCUGUCCAGCUUUUGUAGUUUCGCGGGCGAGCUCCCUUGGACCCUAGCUGUUCGACGCUUUGGAGCUAGGAAGGCACUGGGCACUGCAUUUCUACUGUGGAGUAUCUGUACCCUCGGAACCGCCUUUAUCCACACAUAUGGUCAGGCCAUCGCCGUCCGUAUGAUUCUAUGUGCCUGUGAAAGUGGCUUGUCUCCUGGAUUUGCCUUUCUUUAUUCCACCAUUUACCCCCCAGAAGAGGCAGGGAAACGUAUCAUGACGACAAACCUCGCCCAGUGCAUUUCUGGCGCUUUUGGUGGUCUUUUUGCCUAUGCUAUUCAGACUAUGGGGACCAAAAGAGGCCUUGCCGCUUGGAGAUGGCUAUUCAUCGUCGAGUUCUGCGUUACCAUCUUCAUCGGUGGAAUCGGGUGGAUCUUUAUCCCAAAAUCAGCUGAAACGGCAUGGUAUCUGACCGAAGAAGAGAAAGAAACCAUGCGUCAGAAGAAGAAGAGAGACUACUUACUUCGGGGUGGAUCAAAAUUUGAGUGGAAGUGGGCUAAGGAAUCACUGAUGGAUCCCUUUGUCUAUCUCCUGGGCACGGCCUUCUUCACUUCAUCCGUCGCAAUCAACGGCUUCAAUGUUUUCCUGCCUUCUAUCAUCAAUGGCCUCGGAUAUACCUCCCUUCAGGCUAACUACCUCACCAUCCCAGUCUAUAUCUUUGGUGCCAUCUCUCUUGUGAUCCAGGUCUACUUCUCUGAUCAGCUCAAACGACGAAGCAUAUUUAUCAUCGGCUGCUGUGUUCCGGUUGCAGUCGGCUACUUGAUUUGUGUGGGAACAGCAAGUCCCGGUGCAGGAUACGCAGGAAUGUUUAUUCUCGUAGUUGGCCUCUAUCCAAUUUCCACGCUUGCUGUUACUUGGGCGACCAAUACCUUUGCCCCUGAUUCCAAGCGUGCGAUUGCGAUGCCCAUAGUAUUUACGAUGGCCGAUAUAUCUUCAAUGGUAUCAUCACAGCUAUACCCUAGCACACAAAAGCCUCGGUAUGUCCAGGGCAAUGCAGUCUCCGCUGGUUUAACGUGCAUUGCUGCGUUUCUUUAUACGGCAAGCUGGUUUAUGCUUAGGCGCAGAAACAUGAAGAAGGCGAAGCUUCUCGCUGAAGGUGCUACUACGAAUAACAUGGAAGGAGAUAGAAGCCUUGAUACUAUGUACAUGCUUUAA